CGGGUCACACGAAGCCUUACAUGUGAUUGCUAAAAACAAUGAGGCUGAGAAUGCGUAAGGCGUCUCAGCACCAAAACCCCGCUCUGACAAGCCGCACGUCCCGAACCAAGAGGAGGCAUUCAGAAGCAGAGGAGGAACCUCCUACCAGUGAGGAGAGUGGAUUGUUUUCYACUAUCAAAAAGUUCAUCAGAGGAAAUGCCGUCAAGUUCCAGCAGGAAAGCCCAGCGAAGAAGACCCGCCUCCACUGCGAUGUGGACAACAACCUCAUAAGCUCCACUCCCACAAACACCAACGCCCCUCACAGAGCUGUGAGCAGGGCGGGCAAAAACGACCCCAUCAAUGGACAAGCAACCAAUCAUGACAGGAAUAGGGAUAAAUCCAAUGGUAGUUUGGAGGAAACUACUGCUGUGGAGAUGACCACCAGCCCUCCAAGAACCACCCUGCUCGGGACCAUCUUCUCCCCUGUUUUUAACUUCUUUUCACCAGCUAAAACCUCUUCAGGCUCAGACUCCCCUGACCAGGCGCUGGAGGCCGAGGAGAUCGUCAAACAGCUGGACAUGGAGCAGGUAGUGGAGACGCCCACCUGCACGGCUACGUCUGCGCAGGAGCUGUGCCCCGGCACUCAUUUCUACUCCAGCGUGACACACCUGCCACCUUUGCGGCCCCCCUACAUGCUCGAAGCGUCUCCCACAACGGAUGAGGGGGAGCUCGAUGCUGAUGCUGACCUUCCCCCUCUCACAGCUCCAGGUUCCAGUCCAGAAAUGUCAUACGUGGACGUUCCUCCGACCACAGUACCACCAGAGGCAUCCUAUGAUGAAGACUGGGAGGUUUUUGACCCGUAUUUUUUCAUCAAGCACGUCCCUCCUCUGACAGAAGAGCAGCUCACCCGUAAACCAGCCUUGCCACUGAAGACACGCAGCACGCCUGAGUUCUCUUUGGUUUUAGAUUUGGAUGAAACGUUGGUUCACUGCAGUUUAAAUGAGCUGGAGGACGCAGCGCUGACCUUCCCUGUCCUUUUUCAAGAUGUCAUUUACCAGGUGUAUGUGCGCCUGAGGCCAUUCUUUAGAGAGUUUCUGGAGCGUAUGUCUCAAAUAUAUGAGAUCAUCCUUUUCACAGCCUCUAAAAAGGUGUAUGCAGACAAACUGCUCAACAUCUUGGAUCCUAAAAAGCAGCUUGUAAGACACAGGUUAUUCCGUGAACAUUGUGUCUGCGUCCAGGGAAACUACAUCAAGGACCUCAACAUCCUGGGCAGAGAUCUAUCAAAGACCAUCAUCAUCGACAAUUCACCACAAGCCUUUGCUUAUCAGCUGUCCAAUGGGAUUCCCAUAGAGAGCUGGUUCAUGGAUAAGAAUGACAAUGAGCUGCUGAAGCUGGUGCCCUUCCUGGAGAGGCUGGUUGAGAUGAACGAGGACGUGAGGCCACACGUUCGGGACAAGUUCCGGCUUCAUGACCUGUUGCCCCCUGACUGAUCCGGAGCCGAGUCUCACGACAGGACGACACGUAAAGACUGAAAUCAUGUGUAGAAGAAGAAGAAAGCUUCUGUUUGGAUUACAAACUACAACAUUGCCAUUUUAAAAAAUUUAGCCUCUUUUGUUUAAAUAAAAUGACUUUACAAGAAAACAUUUGAAAAAAAUUGUAGGUGUAAUUUUCUUUUAAAAAAAAAAAACAAUAGAUAAAAUUACACACACUAGGAACAAGCCCAGGUAGAGUCACCUUUCUGUGUGGCUCUGUGGGGAGAGAGAUCACCUCCACACUAAAAUCUGAAGUCUUGGUGCUGGCUUGUCUUGGUGCUGGCUUGGUGGACAUAAGAUGCCACCGUGUAAAAGAGGAUCCUGACAGUGACCCUCCCCCCGAACCCGAACCACCCUCCUGGUGCUGUCGGAGAGAAGGACUGGUCUUUGUGUAAUCACUGAUCUGAUGCUCAGACAAACCUACAAGCUGUAGCUUUUUAAAAAAAAAACCAUAUGCAUUCCUUCAUAGCUCUGUUAACGUUUUCUUGUUGGUUGCAGUUUUUUUUCUGGUAAAAGUGGUCUGUUUUUUUUUUUUCCAACGGUGUUUCAGAAAUGUUUUACCUAAGUUCGUAAGGGUCAUGAAUUUUUUUUGUUUUUUGGAACAUAGGUGCAUAAUAAUGACAGUCCCCUGCUUUGUCAAUCAAAGGCUUUAUUUUUCUCAUUUUCUUGCAUCUGUUUCACUGUAGAUACAUUUCUCCUUUAAUCGUUAGGGUUAACUGUAAAUCUGACAUAUUGUAAAGGUUUAGAGGGCAUUCAUUUUCAAAGUGACAUGUCAAACAUUUUUUUUAUAUUAGCUUUUCAUUUAUUUCUCUGUAAUCAGUAUUUGUCUUUUAUU